AAGUACAUAUCAAGAUAUGUAAAAAGAAAUGUUGACAUUUUUUAAUAUUUAAUAUAAUUUUAUAAAAUUCAUAAAAUUGUAAUAAGACCUUCUUACUUUAUUUCUUGAUGUCAUUUAUAUUAUUAUAUUAGAAAAACAUUGAUUUUUUUUAGAAUGUUAAACAUCAGUAUUAAUACCAAUACAUUUGUCAAGCGUUUUUCCCAGUAUUUAACUUUUACUAUAAUUUUGUACGGGAAAUUGUUAUAGAUUUAUGGCAUACUUUUUUCUCUCUGUGCAUGCAAGUUGUAUACAAUUAUUAGUAAUACGUAUUUCACUCGACAAAAGCAGAUAGCGGCACUGCGAUGGCGUCUACUACUAAUGCACCGUUAUCACCUGCAAUUAAGCACUAACAAAACCAGCACCAAACCACAGUAAAAACCACAAUAAAACCAAAAGAAAUCAGCAAAAAACUAAAGCAAAGAAAACACGUCAGAAAGGGGUUAAAAUGCGAUUUAUUUAGCCAACCAGAAAAGUAUGCUACGAAAAAUGUCCAGUGAGUUGCUAGUUACCUGAACGCAACACCAGGUGGCGCCGAAGAAAGUGAAAACCGAGGAAUAUUUGGAGAAACGGAAACGGAAGUGAUAGAGAGCGCACUUAGGCCCACACACAGAAGCACACACACACACCAACCCACACAGCACCCACACUCACACAUCUAAUACUCUGUAAUAAAUCGAAAUAAUAAUAAAACGCAAUCAUGGCCAACACAGCUCAGUUAUUGCGUCGCCAAAGUUCCCGGGAUAUAGUCCUCAAAAGCCAGAAGAGCAUCGAUCAGCUGGAAUUGAGGGAACUACGAGGUCGCCUGGUGACGAAGGAGCAUGGCGUCAGCCACCACCACCACACAUCGCUGCACCACCACCAGCCGCUCUAUGGGGCCACCAACCAGGGCUUCAUGUCCGACGCCUUCGACGAGUCCUCGGAGCUGGAACAGGACCCGCCGCCCUUCGGCUCGGAGGCGAGCACCUCGAGGGCCAAGGCCGAGCUGGUGGCCAGCGCCUCCGCCGCCGCGGAUCAGCAGGACAUCGUCGAGGGCGAGAAGGAGGGCGAGGAGCGGGAGAGCUGGGACAGCAAGAUCAUGUUCCUGCUGGCCACCAUCGGCUAUGCCGUUGGCCUGGGAAACGUGUGGCGCUUCCCCUACUUGGCCCAGAAGAACGGCGGCGGGGCCUUCCUGGUGCCGUACUUCAUAAUGCUGUGCAUCCAGGGCAUACCGAUCUUCUACCUGGAACUGGCCAUCGGCCAGCGGCUGCGGAAGGGGGCCAUCGGGGUGUGGAGCCAGGUGUCGCCGUACCUGGGCGGCAUCGGGAUCUCCUCGGCGGUGGUUAGCUACAUAGUGGCCCUGUACUACAAUACGAUAAUCGCGUGGUGUCUGAUCUAUCUGCUGCACAGCUUCGAGUCGCCGCUCCCGUGGGCGGACUGUCCGACGCGGCUGUACAAGAACUUUACCUACGAUCACGAGCCGGAGUGUGUGGCCUCCUCGCCGACGCAAUUCUACUGGUACCGCACCACGCUGCAGUGCUCGGAGAGCGUGGACCUGCCGGAGAACUUCAACUACCACAUGGCCAUCGCGCUGAUUGUCUCCUGGUUCCUGGUCUACAUCUGCAUGGUCCAGGGCAUCACGUCGUCGGGCAAGAUCGUCUACAUGACGGCCAUCUUCCCCUACGUGGUGCUCAUCAUAUUCUUCUUCCGGGGCAUCACCCUCAAGGGGGCGGCCGACGGGGUGGCCCACCUGUUCACGCCGCGCUGGGAGACGCUCCUGGACCCCGUCGUCUGGCUGGAGGCCGGCACCCAGAUCUUCUUCUCGCUGGGCCUGGCCUUCGGGGGCCUGAUAGCCUUCAGCUCCUACAAUCCGGCCAACAAUAAUUGCUACAGGGACGCGAUACUCGUGUCGCUCACCAAUUGCGGCACCUCUAUGUUCGCCGGCGUGGUGGUAUUCUCGGUCAUCGGGUUCAAGGCCACGGCGACCUUCGACCGCUGCACCGAGGAGCGGAACGGGCUGAUGGCCCAGAACAAGACGCACAACCUGCCCGUCUGCGAUCUGCAAACGGAACUGGCCAAUAGUGCUUCGGGCACAGGACUGGCCUUCAUUAUCUUCACGGAGGCGAUCAACCAGUUUCCGGGGGCUCAACUCUGGGCCGUCCUCUUCUUCCUGAUGCUCUUCACCCUGGGAAUCGACUCGCAGUUCGGGACUCUGGAGGGCGUGGUCACCUCGCUGGUGGACAUGAAGCUGUUUCCCAAUCUGCCCAAGGAGUAUAUUGUGGGGGGCCUCUGCUUCUCCUGCUGCCUGAUCUCCAUGUGCUUUGCCAACGGAGCCGGCAGUUAUAUAUUCCAGUUGAUGGACAGCUUCGCCGGCAAUUUCCCGCUGCUGAUCAUCGCGCUCUUCGAGUGCCUGUCGAUCAGCUAUAUCUACGGGGUGCGCCGCUUCUCGGACGACAUAGAGAUGAUGACCGGAUCGCGGCCGAGCUUCUACUGGAUGUUCUGCUGGAAGUACCUGUCGCCCUGUGCGAUGGUCACCAUCCUGCUGGCCUCCUUCUACCAGCUGCUGACCGAGGGCAGCAGCUACCCGGCCUGGAUCGGGGCCAAGGGGGCCUCCGAGUCGAUGGAGUGGCCCCACUGGUGCAUCGUGGUGGCCUUCUUCCUCAUCCUCUCCUCCAUCCUGUGGAUCCCGAUUGUGGCGGUGUUGCGUCUCUGUGGCAUCAAGGUGGUGGAGGACUCGGAUCCCGCCUGGUUCCCCGAGGCGGAACUCAGGGAGGUCCACGGCAUCGUGCCCCACGAACCAACCGAAUUGGAGCGCAGCAUUUUCUGCUUCAACAUGGACGGAACGGAGGGCAUGUGCUGCCCCAAGUACGGACUUCCCGAAAAGUCCCUCGAAGAGGAGGAGUAGAGCC